GUAUUCGAAUAACAUUGGCCGGUUUGAUUACGUUUUAUUAUUCGUGAUUCAGUCCGACGGUUUUUCAAGUUUUGUUGUUUUUGUCUCAUUUCCAGACACGAUAUGGCUCGUCAGCUGACCAAAUUGGGCUUUCUAGAUGCCAAAAAGACCCUCUUCAUGCUUUGCGAUCUGCAGGAGAAGUUCAGACCAGGAAUGAAGAUGUUUGAUCCGGUCAUCAAAAAUACUAGCAAGUUGCUUCAGGCAGGAAAACUUCUGAACGUUCCACUGGUCGUGACGGAGCAUUAUCCAGAGAAAUUGGGACACAUCGUGAAGGACUUGGAUGUUUCUCAUGCGAAAGGCAUUUUUCCGAAGACUCUCUUCAGCAUGAUGAUCCCAGACGUGCAGGCUAAAAUCGAUGAGCUGUUCGGUUCGAACCUGGAGACGGUGGUUCUCUUCGGACUAGAGUCACACAUCUGUUUGGAGCAGACGGCGAUGGACUUGCUGAAGAAUGGGUACACCGUUCACGUGGCGGCCGACUGUUCUGUUUCUCGCACCCAAGACGAUCGGAAAUUGGCACUGGAAAGAUUGCAGCAAUAUGGGUGCUUUGUAACGACUAGCGAGAAUAUUAUAUUCAAACUGAUGAAGGAUAAACAACAUCCUGCCUUCGAUACGGUUAGACAUUUGGUCCGGGAACCAUCGGUUGAUACAGAGCUGUCCAAAUUGUGAACCAUAGAAAUAUUUUUACGAGCUUACAUCCGGAAAUUCACGUUGUUAUGAUGCGAUUAUGAUCACAGUGAAAAUAUAUAUGUUAUUUUUGCAUUUUA